AGAGAGAGAGAGAGAGAGAGCUGCGGCCAAUGGGAGAUUCAAGCGAUUCUGUUUCCGUGGACAUAGAGAUGAUCUCUCUCGGCGGGAAGGAGCAUAGAAUAAAAACGGGUCUUGGUUCUGUCUCUGUUGCUGUAUUUGGAGACCAGGACAAGCAAGCUCUGAUUACGUAUCCUGAUUUAGCUUUAAAUCAUGUGUCCUGUUUCCAAGGAUUGUUCUUUGUUCCGGAAGCUUUUUCUUUGCUGCUCCAUAACUUCUGCAUUUACCAUAUUAGUCCUCCUGGGCAUGAGUUGGGAGCUGCUGAAGUGAGUCCCGAUGACCAGGUGUUAUCUGUUGAUGAUUUGGCAGAUCAGGUUGCUGAGGUUCUUGAUUACUUUGGACUUGGUGCUGUGAUGUGUAUGGGGGUGACAGCAGGAGCAUAUAUUCUUACCCUGUUUGCAAUAAAAUAUACACAACGGGUUCUUGGUUUGAUACUUGUUUCCCCUCUAUGCAAGGCACCCUCUUGGACAGAAUGGUUGUACAAUAAGGUGAUGGCAAAUCUACUUUACUUUUAUGGUAUGAGUGGUCUUGUGAAGAACUUACUGCUUAUGCGGUACUUCAGCAAGGAAGUUCGUGGCAGUGCCCUGGUACCAGAAUCAGAUACAGUUCAAACAUGUAGAAGAUCGUUGGGUGAGAGACAGAGUCCAAAUGUAUUGCGGUAUCUUGAAGCUAUUAAUGGGAGACCAGAUGUCUCUGAAGGAUUGAGGAAACUACGGUGCCAUUCCUUAAUAUUUGUUGGAGAAAACUCUCCCUUCCACUUGGAGGCGCUUCACAUGACUUCAAAAUUGGAUGGAAGAUACAGUGCCUUGGUUGAGGUUCAGGCAUGCGGCUCAAUGGUGACAGAGGAGCAACCCGAUGCCAUGCUUAUACCAAUGGAAUACUUCUUCAUGAGAUACGGCUUCUACCGGCCAUCUCAAUUCAGUGUUAGCCCAAGAAGCCCAUUGAGUCCAACUUGCAUCUCCCCAGAGCUUUUCUCACCAGAAAGCAUGGGUGUGAAGUUAAAACCAAUCAAAACAAGAAUUUCUCUCCAAGUCUGAAAGAUAGUAAGGAUUGGAAUUUUGUAAUCUUAUGUAACGGCAUGGGAUUGUAAUUUCAGUUGAUUUGAUGAAACAGUAUAGUGGCGGAAAUUACUGGAGGAUUGUAGAUAGAGAGAGAGAGAAAGAGGAGAUGAAAAAGGGGAAAAAUGAAAGGAGGGAGAUUCGAUUCUUUGAUUUGUAAUCAUAAAAGUUGGUUGAGGGCCGAGUUACCUGUACAUCCUCGGUAUAAAUAUGCAUGACAAAGCAUAAUAAAAAGUGGGUGGCAAACUUGUGCUUUAUCAAAGGCAUAUUCUUAUUCUUUAAUAAUUGAGAAUCCUCUCAAUUACGUGUUGAAUUUUAGAACUGCACUAGUUAUAACGUAAAUUCAAGAUGGUUAUUUAUUCUUGUGGAUAUGACUGCAUUUUCUUUGUUGAUACGAGG